GGUAGAAAAUAAUGCACCACCUCAACGCUUUCAACUUGCAAAUUUUCUAUUUUUCCCACGUAAUAAGUCAACGCGCUAAACAUAAAAGUCGUCUACGACAAGUAAGCACAACAAUCUAUAAGGAUCAUUCCAACUUAACCCUUUUUUCAUUCGUUAAUUUAUAUUAAAAAUAUGGAGUUUUUCAACCAAGCCAAAGUUGUGAGGCUACGGAGCCACCUUAACAAGUUCUUGGUCGCGGAUGACGACGAACAAACCGUCCGCCAAAGCCGAAACGGCUCAUCGGUUAGAGCCCGGUGGACCGUGGAGCUGGUGGAAGGGAGAAACCACGUUAUUCGCCUUAAAAGUUGCUCUUCCGGCAAGUAUCUCACUCCGUCCAAUGACCCGUUUCUAACGGGUAUGACCGGAAAGAAGGUGGUGCAAGAUAUUCAAGCGAACAAACGGGACACAUCGAUCGAAUGGGAGCCGAUAAAGGAAGGCGGGUUGGUGAAGUUGAGAGCGAAGGGUGGGAAGUUCUUGCGGGGGAAUGGCGGUACGCCGCCGUGGAGGAACUCGGUCACGCAUGAUGUGCCUCAACGGACCGCGACGCAGGAUUGGGUGUUGUGGGGUGUGGAUGUGGUUAAUAUCGCGGUUUUGGAGUCGCAAGAGUCGUUUGCGAGUGAUCUAUCGCCAAUGUCGAGCUUUUCGUCGAGGCCGGAUAUCGAGAGGGUUAAGGCGGAUGGUCGUGCGAGUCCAGUUUCUUACUUGGGUUCACCACUAGCUAGCGCGAGUCCGGUUUCUUACCGGGGUUCGCCACGAGCUAGUGGAAGACAGAGUGGCAUGGAGUUCUUCAGUGGAGCAAAAACAGUUAGAUUAAAAGGAUAUCACAACAAGUAUCUUGCGGCCGACGAUGAUCAAGAAACGGUUCGACAAAGCGCUAGCGGGUCAUCUUCAAGGGUCCGUUGGACGGUCGAGUACAUAGACGGGAACCCAAACGCGAUCAGGCUAAAAAGUUGUCAUGGAUUGUAUCUCAGCGCCACAAAUGAGCCAUUCCUUCUAGGCAUGACAGGAAAAAAAGUGCAACAAUAUUCGGCCCAAUCAAAACCGGACCAUACAAUCGAAUGGGAACCGAUAAGAGAAAAUGCAUCUCAUGUAAAGCUUCGAACAUGUGAUGGAAAGUUCUUAAGGGCCAACGGCGGAACUCCGCCUUGGAGAAACUCGAUAACACACGAUGUGCCUCAUCGGACCGCGACACAAGACUGGGUGUUGUGGAGCGUUGACGUGGUGGAUAUCUCCUUGUCUGAUACCGAGUCUGUAAUGAGUUCUUUAUCGAGUUUUUCAUCGGUUGUAGACAAUUUUUCGGGCUCGCCCGAGAGGAUCGGAUCACCGGAUAUGAGGUCGUUAUCACCACACACGGGAUCUCCAUCGACCGUGUUACAAGAUAGAGAAAGAAAACUGAGUAGUGGGAUGGACUUCUUUCGAAAUGCGAAAACCGUCCGGCUUAGAAGCCACCACGAUAAGUAUCUCUUGGCCGACAGCGAUAGGGAAAACGUGUCACAAGAUCGUAAGAGAACAACAACUAAGGAAGCCAUUUGGACGGUCGAAUUCGUCCCCGGCUUCAACAACGUUAUUCGAUUGAAGUCAACUUAUGGCAAGUAUCUCACUGCUUCUGAAGAUCAGAAGAUAAUGGGUGUUUCGGGUCGGAAAGUGGUUCAAACUCUGCCCCAGAAGCUCAACUCAUCGGUCGACUGGGAACCGAUACGUGACGGGUUUCAAACCCGUCUCAAAACCCGGUACGGGAAUUAUUUACGAGCAAAUGGUGGGUUACCUCCAUGGAGGAAUUCUAUUACGCAUGACAUUCCUUCAAGACACCUUGAUGAGAUAUUAUGGGAUGUUGAAACUGUUGAAGCUAGAAUAGAGGAUCCACCAUCGCCACAACCCGAAACGAUAGACCCGGAACCGGUUCUUAGUUCUUCGUCGUUUUGUCUUAGAACUCCUAAAUCGGGUCCUGCUGAGGUGAAUGAUUUGUGGGAGCGACCGUCUGUAAAGAAGGAAGGAAGGACGGUGUACUACAAAGUAGCGGAUGAUGAUGGGAAUCUUGACGAUGAUGCAUACGAGGAAGCAUCGUUUUCGUUCAAUGGGCGCGGAGUGGAGGAUUUGGCUCAAGAUCUAGAAGAACUAACAGGGCUAGAUGAUAUAAUCAUUUGCUCGAGGAACUCUUUGAAUGGGAAGCUUUUCCCACUGCGGUUAGCGUUGCCGCCUAACAACAAGACCAUACACGUUGUUGUAGUUCCUUCCACUUCCAAAGUUGCACGAGAAUUUUAGACUUUUUUGACGUGGAAAGAUUGGAGUUUACCGUUAUGAUCGAUGUUUCAUUGAAGUGGUUGGACACACCCAUGCGAGAAGGGUUCACAAAUAAUUAUAGAUAUGAUCCAUGAUAGUUAGAGGCUACCUUGAGACGAUGUUCUAAGUCAAUGACUCCAUGGGUUUUUGUGAAUCUUGUACUUUUUUGUGAGAUUGUAAUAUAUUACCCUUUGUUGCAUUACGUGCUUGAUAUUUUUUUAUUCGAUUCUUGAAGCUGUUAUCAUUAAAAUUC